AUGCAUGCCACAGCCGACAGUUCAACUUUUGCGACCGACCUCGCGACGCAUCCUCCCAACACGUCCACAACACCCGCAUCCCCUCCGUCCCUCACCCCCGCGCUCUCCGUCUCUCCAAAUGACUCCGGCACCUCCACCAUCCGACGCCUGAAGUCCAAAUCAUCCCUUUGGAGCUUAGGGAGCAGCAAUAACGAAGAAGAACCUUCGCCCGCCGAACCGACUAGCACCGGCCGAACAUCCAUCCUCCGUCGACUUUCUCCCGCCCUCGCAGCUCGGGUCAAGCUGCUGGACGGCAGUAAUAAGUCCGCGGCGCAGAACCGGCAGGCUAAUGCAGUCGGUCGGAUCCCCGAAGAGCACCUGAAGGAGCUUGAUAAUCUUCACCAAGAUCUAUCGAUCAAGGUAAAGAGGAAAGGCCAGGCCUGGAAUGGUACAAAUAUAUCGCCCGGAGAAACCCAGGUGUUCAGGCGAAGCGCGUCGAACCAGCUCGAGCUUCCCCACCAAAAUAUCCUCCGAGAGAUUGCAGACGCGCAAAGGGAGGACCCGGAGUCAUCCGAAGCAGUCGUGGACGGCCCUGAAUUAUCCACUCCGGCCACCAUUGUUGUUCCAGUGACUACCCAGCCGGUCGAAUACAUCAAACCACCCACGCCCAUGUCUGUCGCAGAGCCGGUUCUCGCGCAGCUGCGCGCAGACCCGAUACCGACCCCCCAACCAUUCAAUGACGUUCAAGAUGACCGGACCGACUUCGAAAAAUAUGUCGAUGAUACAGCACGAAGAGAGGAACAGUCUGCUGAAGAGCAGUCCGCUCCAACACCCCCGCCCAAAGACUCGCCUCCCGCCGAUGCCGUGCACUCGCGCUCUACAUCUCAUCCCAACACGCAGUCGUAUUUCAACCCAAUGGGUUUGCAGCGCGCAGACUCAAUAUACUCUUUUUCCCGUGCCUCCUUCAGCAAUCAGCUCUCGCAACUAACCUCCAUCCCUCUCCCACAACCAGGCUCGCUCGAGGCAAGCAUCGAAAACAUUUCCACAGCUUUGACUGCAGUCCGUGCCUUGAACGGUGCCGCAGAACAAAUUCAGAUUUGGAUCAAGAAGGCCUCAGAUGUGCUGAACGGCUUGGAUUCUGAAGAUGAUGUGGAAUGGGCUGCGGCUGGUGGGCGGGAGGGGCUAGACGAAGUCGAUAAAGCAAUUACGCGGUUUGAGUCCCUAGUCAAUGUGUAUGUUAGGGCUAUUGAGAAUGUCCAACUUCGAGACGACAUUUCCAAUGUGGACGUGGAUAACCUGAACACUAUCGUGAGCCAGAUGGAAAGUAUUCUGGAAAACUGGACUCAGAUCAAGACAAAGCUGAAAGGCGUAAAAGAGCAAGUUGAAUUGGCAAUGGAGUGGGAAGAACUUUGGUCGAAUGUUCUGGGCGAUGUGGGUGUGGAAGUAGACAACUUGAGCGCGCUGAUAUUUGAGAUGGAAGAGAAGCGGCAUCAGGCGUUGAUGGAUACGGGCGAUACCACUGGCGGCCUUGACAUCAAUGAGCUGGAGACGAUCGUGGAAGAGUCCCCUUCUAAGGGCCGUGGACAUUCGCAGAAUCGUCUGAGUAUUGGCCCCCUCUUGGCCUCGGCGUCUGCCACUCCCGUUAUCAAAACGCCGCAGGAUGAUACCAGCCACUCCAACCUCAUGGCCAUUUUUGCACGUAUGCAGCCAUUGCGCGCAUCGUUGGAGUUUUUGCCUAUGCGACUAUCAAUGUUCCAGGGACGUGCUGAAGCUAUUUUCCCGAGUGCAUGUGAGGAGAUCGAGGACCGGCGCAAUCGCUUGUUAAAGAGCUAUCAGGUUCUUGAGACCGAUGCCGAAGCUCUCCUGAAGGAGCUAGCAGAAGACAAAUGGAUUCUGGUUUUCCGCAACGCUGGGUCCCAGGCACAAAAGAUGUUCCAAUCGGUCGAACGCAGCAUUGGAAAACUACAAGAUGGGCUGGAAAGCGGCAUGCAGGUGCACAACCCGUCAACGUUGGCCAAGCUCAUAGAGAGCUUCGAGUCAAAAAAAAUGCAUUAUGUCCCUGCCAUUGAGCGUGUGCUUUCCAUCAUUCAAAAAGGUGUUGACGAUCGAUUGACUGUCAAUGGUGAGAUUCUACGCCUCUUAUCCGACAUGGCAUCCCGAAUGGAUGCUCUCAAGGCUAGCAUUAAGGUAAUGGAUACAUCUCUCGAGGAUGUACACAUUACCAAGGGCCACCAGCUACGAGACUCAAUCUCCAGCAUUCUCACCAUGGAUAGUCCAGCCACAGGCAGUGCCAUCGGGACCCCAGGAAGCUCGCCUGCGUCGUCAGUUAUCAUGGCCGGCAAUGCGUACAAGCACGCCUCCACGCCCAUGGGCGGCUCAAGCCGCCGCGAAAGCUCAGUCGGAAGUGCCACGGCUCGCUCGACUAUGCCCCCAAACCGUCGUUAUUCCAGCUUGCCGCAACCCACGGCGACUUUCACCGGUCGAAAGUCUGCAAUCCCCCAACCGAGGAACUUUAUGUCUCCUUCUCCUACUCCAUCCUACAGAUCCUCAAGCUACUUCACACCGACUCCCGCUACCCGUUCUCGUACACCAGCGCCGUUGUCUACAAUUCCCAAUCGCCCACGCUGGAACGCCAGUACAAACUUGAAUGACUUGAAUUCCAGUUACAAGUCGACACUGCGGAAUUCAUCCGCACCACUGGCACGCACACCCCGGCCAUCAUCAACAAUCCCAUUACCCGGCUCAUCCCGACGAGAUGCGUCUGCAUCCCCGAUCCCUGGCGGUCUUCGAUCAACCAGUCGCGUCUCGAGCCGCUUUGGUUCUCGAAGCCCCAAUCGCAACGUGUCAUCCCCCACACCAGCGCGGUCCUCAAUCCUCGAGCCACCGCCGUACAGCCGGCUCCAUCGAUCAGGAAUAGCAAACACUCCUCGCAGUCGCCAGAGCUUUGCGGGUCCGCCCACAGCUUUCAGUCGAAGUUUAUCAAAAGCUCCAGAUGGGACCGAGAGCCCAACCAAACCGGCACGACCAGGUACAGCGCUAGGCCAUUCUAGCAACAGGCGAGCGAGUCUACUUCCACUUCCAAAGCGAAUGGAGAAAGAGCAGGCAGCACCGCAGCAGGUGGAUACGCGUCCACGGUGGCGCUAA